GCGUCACCCUCCCGCCCCUCGAGCGCAGCAUCAGUCUCCGUCCCUCGUUCGCAGCGGUUUAGAGUCAGAGCAGCGUUCAGAUCGAUCAGAAUCAGAAUCAGAAUCAGAUCGCUCGCGCUGCGGUGGAACGAGAAAGACGCUGCUCGGUCACGGACGCUAGCGGCGACACACCGGGGUUUUUGGGAUUUCUCAGCGGCAUCUGAAGCGGAACCAUGACGGCCACCAAAGAGCAGCAAAGCCAGAGACCGAAUCCGCAGGACGAGGACCUGGCGGGCAUGAGUGCUCCUCAGAGGAACUGGAAGGGCAUCGCCAUCGCUCUGCUGGUCAUUCUGGCGGUCUGUUCUCUCAUCACCUUGUCUGUGAUCCUCCUCACUCCAGUGGAUACGCAGCCCAGCAGUGACACCAAGCUGACGGUGGAGGAUCUUUUCAGCGCAGAUUUCUACGUACACGACCCUGAAGCGUGCUGGAUCAACGAAUCUGAGGUCAUCUACAGAAAUCAUCAUGGUCAUGUGAUCAGGUUUAACAUCCUCACGAAUGAGACCGAGAUCGUGCUGAAGAACACCACAUUCGAUACUUUCAAAGCCACCAGGUACUCCAUAAGCCCAGACAUGAAGUAUGUGCUUUUCGCCUACAACAUCAAACAGGUUUACCGGCACUCGUUCACGGCGUCCUACAUCAUAUACAGCAUUCACACCAGGGAGGUUCUGCAGCUGGAUCCUCCAGAGGUCUUGAACUCUAAACUGCAGCACGCGGCGUGGGGUGUUCAGGGCCAGCAGCUGGUGUACAUAUUUGAGAAUAAUAUUUACUAUCAGUCGGACGUCAGGAGUAACUCGCUGCGAUUGACCUCAUCGGGGAAAGAGGGCGUCAUCUAUAAUGGCAUCGCUGAUUGGCUCUAUGAAGAGGAGGUCCUUCACACGCAUGUGGCGCACUGGUGGUCACCUGACGGCGAGCGAUUGGCCUUUCUGGUCCUGAAUGACAGUCUGGUGCCAAACAUGGCGUUGCCCACUUUCACCGGCUCUACAUACCCUAAAGGCAAACAGUACCCGUAUCCGAAGGCUGGGCAGCCCAAUCCCAUGGUGAAACUGUUUGUGGUCAAUCUGUACGGACCGACACACACACUUGAACUCACACCACCAGAUGAGCUCAAGCUCAGGGAGCACUAUGUGGUGAUGGUGAAGUGGAUCAGUAGGCAUGAGGAAACAUCAGAAGUUUGGCUCUCCAGACAGAAUCAGGAGCCGUUCUUCUCUCGAGACGGCAGCCGUUUCUUCCUGACGGUGCCGGUGAAGCAGGGAGGACGAGGAGACUUCCAGCACGUGGCCAUGUUCACCUCUCAGGUGCGUGCGGAUCAGAACGAGCUGCGGCACCUUACAUCAGGGAACUGGGAGGUGACGCAGAUUCUGGCUUACGAUGAGAACAGCCAGAGCAUAUAUUUCCUGAGCACCGAAGGCUCCUCGAGCCGCCGGCAGCUCUUCAGUGUGUCCACAGUGGGCCUGUUUCCACGCCGGUGUCUGACCUGUGAGCUGAAUAAAGCUCACUGCACGUUCUUCAGUGCUGAUUUCAGCCCCACUAAUCAACACGUCCUGCUGCACUGCAAAGGUCCAGGAGCGCCGACAGAGAUCAUACACACUCUGAACACGGCCAAUUAUUAUAUCCUGGAGAAUAACUCUGUGCUGAGAGCUGCUCUCAGAUACAAACGCAUCCAGCUGCUGGAGUACAGAAGCAUCCAGACCGACCACUUUGAAUUGCCGCUGAAGAUCGCCUAUCCACCCGAUUUCUCUGAGUCCCGCACUUAUGCCCUUCUGCUGAUGAUUGACGCUGCCCCCGGUGGUCAGCAGGUGAAUGACCGUUACUCACUGGACUGGGACUCAGUGCUGGUCAGUUCAGAUAAUGUCAUCGUAGCUCGUCUGGACGGCAGGGGAAGUGGCUUCCAGGGUCAGAAGGUGUUACAGGAAGUGCACAGGCGUCUGGGAUCCGUGGAGCUGCAGGAUCAGCUGGCCGCCGUUGAGUACCUGCUGAAAUUGCCGUACAUCGAUCGAACCCGGAUUGGUGUGUUUGGCCGGGGUUAUGGAGGAUAUGUCGCACUCCUGCUGAUUAAAUCCACGGAGAACGUGUUUAAAUGUGCAGCAGCCAUGUCGCCUGUGACGGACUGGAGUCUGUACGCCUCUGCCUUCUCCGAGCGCUAUCUGGGUUUCCCUCUUCAGGACGACAGCAGAUAUCAGUUCUCCAGUGUGCUGCAGAAUCCACAGGGUUUCAGAGAGCAGACGCUCAUGCUGCUGCACGCCACUGCAGACGCAAAUGUUCACUUCCAGCACACGGCCGAGCUCAUUAAGAACCUGGUGAAGGUGGUAGCGAAUUACACACUGCAGAUUUAUCCAGACGAAGGUCAUUUCUUGUCCAAGAGCAGCCAGCGGCAUGUGGCUUCAACACUGAGCAGCUACUUCAGAUCCUGCCUGCAGGAGGAGGUGCUUCCCAUCAGUGAGGAGGAGGAGGAAGAGGAAGAGUAGAGUGAAGAUGAGACGCAACACAGAAACACAUGCUGACACUGACACACACACACACGCACACAUCAGGACAAUAAAACACACUGGACAAGCAUCCAGAGAACACUCAGAUAAACAGAGAGAGCCAGGAGUGAGUGUGUGUGUUUGUGAGUGUGUGUGUGUGUGAGUGAGUGUGUGUGUGACAGAGAGAGUGUUUCUGGCCUAUGGAUCAUUAUCACUGGAAAUGGUUUGGAAUAUUUCACAUAUCAUAAAUCACUAAGAUCUCUGAUUGGCGGAUGCAUUGGCCAGUCACAGCACAGACCGUCGGGUGGAGCUGCUCCAGUCAGCCAUUGCAUGGUCCUUUUGCUUUGCUUCACUUCUUUUGCCACUUUCUGUCUGUCGGUAUGCUGUCAGCUUCCAGAGGAGCUGCAUUUCUCACCGUUUCUCCACUCGCUGAGAAGCGUAAUUCCAUCCGUUGAAAGCUGGAGGACGUUUGUGAAGAGAGCAGCACACGUGCAUGACGCUCUGUGUGUAUGUGCAGUGCAUUGUGGGAUGGUGCUGCUGUGUGCUGGACAGAAGAGGGUGCACAGAUGUGUCUUUGGACAUUCAUCAGACGGAUCUGCUCUUAGACUGUUUUGGAUCAGUUUAUUUGUAUUGCUGACUGUUUAGUUUUACUGUUGGUGGGGGGAUGGGUGAGGGGUUUGGGUUGAUUGUUAUUGUCCUCUAGUUAUAACAGUCAUGUCUAUAAAUAAACAACUAGUCCAAAAACAGCACGAUUUCAUUUUGAUGUGCUAUAUUUUACCAUCAGAGUCACGCAGCCAGACCGUCAGCAGGAGCGACCGCUAACAUCAGAAUGACGGCACGAUUAUGAGAACACAUUCACAGAUGGCCUGGAGUGAAUGAAUGCUGCAUACUUCAGCUCAGUUAUUGGAAAAAGACACGCUUUGAUUUGCAUUACUUUGGAUGUCUGUUAUUUCUUUAAUAUGGUUGACAGGAUUGCUGGAUCAGGAAUCUGUCCUGUGAGCGUCAGGUGUCUCCAUUAACCGCUGUGCUGCAGGUAAAGAUGUGCUACUGAACAUCACUGGAAAUGGCAGUUCACUGGUUAUUUACUCACCCUGGUGUCGCUCUAAAGCUGUCUGACCUUUCUUUCUUUGGCAGCGAGCAGUGACCUUUCUCAAGCUCAUAAGUGCUGAUCAUAAAAUAUCAUAAAAUACUCCCGUAUCUGUAGGAUUGUCCCCGUAACUCAUCCACUGGCCUUGGAAACAUGAAUGAAUACUGACACAAAACCAGCAAAUUGCUGCUUAAUUUGGCAUGUCAAGUAGUUCAUAUCAAGACGGGAUCGCUGAAUUUCCAGCCAGUGGCAGUGGGAACAUUUACAUGGGUUUUGUGCUGAAAAUGAUUCAAUAUGAACCUGGUUAUACACAUAAAGCAAACACUUUAUACGAUACAGAUUGUGUCAUGGCAGCUUCACAGUGUUAAUCAGGAAAAUAGUGGG